UUUCUAAUUGUCAUAUUCUAUAGUCAGACAGGUCACGCACACUAUUUGUCGGGAGCGGCAGAAAACAAGCGUUGGUACCUGGCAGUGAUGUGCGCCACCCUCUUCUUCUACACCAUCGCCACCAUGGCCUUCACCUUCAUGUACAAGUACUACACACAUCCCAUCGCCUGCCACUUCAACAAGGCCCUGCUGUGGAUCAACCUGGGACUGUGCGGCCUCAUGUCCUUCAUUGCCGUCACACCGUGCGUGAAGCAGAAGCAGCCUCGGUCGGGGCUCCUUCAGGCCUCCAUCAUCAGCUGUUACGUCAUGUACCUCACUUUCUCAGCGCUGUCCAGUCGCCCGCCGGAGAAAGUUGUGUACCAGGGCAUGAACAUGACCGUCUGUUACCCGAGUGUGGGGCAAGAUGACAUCCAGAAAGAGGGCAACGCCGUCGCCAUCAUCGGAGCUGCCAUCAUGUACUGCUGUGUACUCUUUGCAUGUAACGAAGCUUCCUACUUGGCGGAGGUGUUUGGUCCAUUUUGGAUGAUCAAAGUUUACCGCUAUGAGUUCCAGAAAGCCAGCUGCUGUUUCUGCUGCCCUGAGGAAGAGGAAGUCGAGGACGAUUUUGAGCUGGAGAACGAGAACGAGAACAAAGGCUGUCAGAAGGUCAUUCAUAAUGAGACCCUGCGAGUGGCUUACAGCUACUUCUUCUUCCAUUUUGUCUUCUUCUUGGCCUCGCUCUACGUCAUGAUGACCCUCACGAACUGGUUCAGCUAUGAGUCUGCAGUGCUGGAGACCACCUUCACCCACGGCAGCUGGUCUACCUUCUGGGUGAAGAUGUCGUCCUGCUGGGCCUGUGUGCUCCUCUACCUCUGGCUGCUGCUGGGCCCUCUGUGCAGCUGUCAGAGCGAAUCAAGACCUCGCCGCUCACGCAUCAAACGUCGCUCAGCGUCCUCCCGUCACGUCACUGUCAGCGUCUGA